AUGCACGCCCGAUACGGUCGACCUCAUCAUAGCAGUCCGUCGUACCAACCGCAGCACAGUACGAGCUCGACGUCGUCGCAGUAUACAACGUCCAAGUACAGCAGUGCCUACGAGAACUACUCCUCCCCAGUCAAGGCCACGACGACCUCGACGUCGUAUCAGCACCGGAGCUACGUCGAGUACUACCCGUCCCCUUCCAGCCCCACCACGUACUACAACCAGCAGCACCAGCAGCAACAUCAUCAGUAUCAGUCGCAGCAGACAAAGUACUACCCUUCAGGCGCGUCGACCGCGUCGUCGUCGUCCCAGGAAGGUCCGUUCUAUGCCGAUGAACUCGAUGAGCUCGAUGACUACAACAUGGGCAUGGCAAGUGCCGACAUGACGACGAUUCCGACGGUGCCGACGCCGAUGAAGCUCAGUAAGUACGAGCUCGGCAAGACUCCAUCGGGAAGAGUCAUGGUAACGGCUGGGAACCAGACAGUCGAGUUCUUCACGAGUGUCGCGAAUGCACCGCUCUCGCGGUGUAUGAUUGUGCACGAGUAG